UCGUUACGCUCGUGCAGAACGUUUUGAGAGACCUCGCCCUGUAAGAAAAUCAUGGAAAGGUGUUAAGGAGAUGAAAACGUUUGGGAAAGUUUGUUGGCAGGAUUUGAAUUAUACGAAGCUCAGUCCUUUCAAUCUGCCAAUCAAAGACAUGGAUGAAGAUUGUUUAAACCUCAACGUGUAUGUUCCUGCCGCCCCAUGUGACAGCAAAAGAGCUGUGAUGGUUUGGAUUCAUGGAGGUGGAUUUUUAGGCGGCUCGAACAGAAUAGCUGAUGGCAGUUAUUUGGCAACAUUAGGAGAUGUUAUUGUUAUUGCAAUCAAUUUCCGCCGAGGUAUAUUAGGCUAUCUUCAUCACAGACCAAGUGGUUUAACAGGCAACUAUGGCCUUUUUGACCAGCUGGAAGCCUUAAAGUGGGUGAAUCGAAACAUUGCAGCAUUCGGAGGUGAUCCAAAUCGGGUGACAAUAUUUGGUAACUCUGCUGGGGGUGCUAGUGUGUCUUUGCUCUGUUUGUCACCAUUGGCUCGUAACCUUUUUAAAUACGCGAUCAUGCAGUCCGGGGUAGCAAAUAUACCAGUUAACUAUCAAUACUUUAAAGAAGAUCCUAAAUCAUGGGAAUCUUACAAGCAGAGGUUAAAGUGUAACAAGAACGUUAGUAUAAUUGAUUGUUUAAAGUCCGCCAAACCAAGUUUCUUGAACAAUGUAAAACUACCGCGUUGGUUAAGCCCUGUUAUAGAUGGAGACUUCAUCCUAGAUUCUCCACAUACCUUGCUUGACAAAGGAAACUUCACAAACCCCGAAAGUACUAUGAUAGGYGUGGCCAGCGAUGAUGGAUCGCGUAUGACGAAUGCCAUACCGGAACUAUCGAAUCCUUCAACCAAGAUUAGAGGUUACAGCAUAACCAGAAAGUACUUCCUUAAAUUUAUGAAUGGCUGGGCUCGUCGAUUAAACCGCUUGGACAAGACGUUUACACGUUUCCUCCCAUUUUACAAGAAGGCUGUUAUUCAAGAAUACACUCCGUGGUCCAAUAUCAACAAAACACGUCAAAACCGACGCAUGAUUCUUGACUUUUUGACGGACAGCAUGUUUAUCGCUCCAUCGAUUGACCUCGCGAAUGCAUUUGUCAAAAACGGUGCCAAAGUGUUUUUCUAUUAUGUGGAUCAUGGUAUUGACAUGUCGGAUGGCUAUUUUAAACAUCCAUCGUUCUUAAAGGGUUAUCAUGAAUCAGAGAGGUUUAUGGUGUUUGGAUUUCCAUUGAAAGCCUCACAUCCCCCACCAGCCGAUGUUGCAAUAUCCAAAAAAGUCAUAGAAAUGUGGUCAAACUUUGCAAAAACUGGGUAUGAAUCAGUGUGA